AUGCCAAAAUCGUCAAAACCAUUGACGUGGGUAGACCAAGAAUUGACUAAUGACAAUCUGCCAAAAAAUAUUAAGCUCAAUAUUGAAUUGCUACUUGGUGAAGAAGACUUGAAGCCAAAAAGAAAAGGAACGGAACUUCCGAAACGUUCUAUGAAUGCAUUCUUUAUAUAUCGAAAAGCGCUCGAUAAAGAGCUUAAAAAUCGUGGCUAUUAUGAUUUGAGAAUGCGUGAAAAAGUAAAGUUGGCCGGCAUGCUAUGGAAAAGUGAAAACCGCGAAGUCAAAGAAAUUUGCCAGCAAUUAGCGAGCAAAGCUAAAAACUUACUUGAACAAGAACUUAAUUCUACAACAAACUAUUUCACUCCAACUUCACAACCUGAAUCAUCAUUCAAUGAUUACGUGUGGUAUUUAAUGUGCACGAAUCAAUUCAGCGAAGAAAGUAUAAAUGAGAAGAAAGAGCGACUAAGGACGAAUGCCAAAGCUAGUGUUAAACUGGACGCAUCAGAUUCUUCGUCGUCGAUGGAUGAGGAAAAUUUUGACGAGAGCUUCAAUUGGCGAAGGAUGUAUAUGAAAUUAUCUCGACCAAUUAGUUUUGUGGCGAAAGAUCGUGGAGUUCUUUGGUUAGAUACCGCAGAUGGAAUUGUAAAUACUCAUCACUGGAAAACGUUAGAUUGUGAUGAAAGUGAAUAUGGAAAAGUUGUUUUUUUGGAUUAUGUUUGGUGGUUUGAUGUUUGGGGUAAUAUACCAAAUGUACUACCAGGAAUUUACGAUGUUAUUUGGCGCUUUAAGGUCAAUCCAAAUUUUAGACUUCAAAAUUUACAGUUUGUGACUAGAGUUCUCGAAGUAUUUAAUGAGAAAUUAGAACUAAAACAUGGGGAGCCAAUCGAAACACAGACAACCCAUUUAAUGAAUUCAAAAAUAUUUGAACUUAUUGCUGAAGGUGGUAAUUGGGUAGAAUAUUGUUUACCAUAUCAAAUUACAAUUCCAGAAGAACGAGUAAUCGAUUCUGUUCGGAUUCCACAUUCAGUUGAAUACAGACUUUAUAAUCAUGAAGACAUUAAAAGAGGAUUGUGGAUUGAUUACGUGCGGUUGCGUAUUCAUAAAGACGAUGAUGAGGAGGAAGAACUUGAGGAUCAGCAUCGACAUAUAAACA